AUGAGACGAAAAGCUGAACGAUUAAAUGUUGGAAUUAUUCGUAUUGAUGAAGCUAGUAUACUUAUACAAGAAAUUGAUAAAAAAUUAGAAAUACAACGUAAAGAACUUGCAAUCAAAACAAAAAAAUGCGAUGAUUUAUUAACAGAAAUUACUAAUUUAACAGCUAAACAAACAGAACGUAAAAGUCAAGUGAGCAUUAGAAAAAAGGAAUUAGUUGAUGAACAAUUAAUAACAAUUGAAAAAGAAAAACAUGAUACUGAAUCACAAUUAGAAGAAGCUAUGUCAGCAUUAAUUGAAGCUCAACAAAGUCUUGAUACACUUAAAGCAGCUGAUAUAACUGAAAUGCGUAGUUUUGAUAAUCCAUUUGAUACACUAGGAUUAAUUGAUUAUUGUAUGCUUAUUUACUUAGAUCAUCCAUCAAUUAGUUGGAAAGAUGUUCGAGCUGUUAUGGCUGAUAUGAAAUUUAUAACAAAUUUAAAAACUCGUGAUCCUGAUUUAUUCACAUCAAAACAAGCUGUACAAUUAAAAAUUUAUUUAAAAAAAAAUAGAAGAAAAACUGGAUCCAAAUCAUAUGCAUUCACUAUCAGAAAAAUCUGA